AAUCGUUUUCCGCCGACGUCCAGUUGCGACGGCGGAAGCUAGGGUUAGCUCAGCGCCGCCCACCGGCCGCCGCCCCAGCCCUCAGAUCUCCCGCCGCACAAGCCCAAUCCUUUCCGAACCCACCGGCGAAGGCGGCCCGGACACCGGCGGCAAUGGCGACGUCGUCGACGGCCUCGGCGGGCGGCGAGCCCCCGGUGGAGCCGCAGUCGCUCAAGAAGCUGAGCCUCAAGUCGCUCAAGCGCUCGCUCGACCUCUUCGCGCCGGCCCGCUCCCUCCUCUUCGCCCCCGACGCCGAGAGCAAGCGGAUCCGCGUCGGCUGCAAGGUGAGCGCGGAGUACGGCGCGGUCAAGAACCUGCCGGCCGACCAGGGGCGGGCGCAGGGGAAGGGUGCUGCUGCUCCCUCCACCGCUCUGGCGCUUACAGGUACGCAAGACACAACAGAUGCUCGUAGGGAAGGCACCAGUAAUGCCAUUAUCCCUGCACCACUUAUGCUUCCUAAAGCACCUGAAUCUUCAGUACCUGGCAAAAAUACAACAGUACUAUCGAUUCCUGGGUCAUCUGACAGAUUCUCGACAUCUGCGCUGAUGGAAAGGUUACCAAGUAGAUGGCCCAAACCUGUAUGGCAUGCUCCAUGGAAGAACUAUCGGGUCAUCAGUGGUCACUUGGGAUGGGUGCGAUCUAUAGCAUUUGAUCCGGGGAAUGAAUGGUUCUGUACUGGUUCUGCUGAUAGGACAAUAAAGAUAUGGGACCUUGCAUCAGGAACGUUGAAGCUUACACUGACUGGUCAUAUCGAACAAGUUCGUGGACUUGCUGUCAGUCAGAGGCAUACGUAUUUAUUUUCUGCUGGCGACGACAAACAAGUCAAAUGUUGGGAUCUCGAACAAAACAAGGUUAUUCGGUCUUAUCAUGGGCAUCUCAGUGGGGUUUACUGCCUAGCACUCCAUCCAACAAUUGAUGUCUUGUUGACAGGUGGUCGAGAUUCUGUUUGUAGGGUGUGGGACAUCCGAACAAAAGCACAUGUUUCUGCUUUAACUGGUCACGAUAACACAGUUUGUUCAGUGUUUGCUCGACCAACGGAUCCACAAGUUGUCACUGGAUCACAUGAUACAACCAUCAAGUUUUGGGAUCUUGUAGCUGGGAAGACUAUGUGUACUCUUACACACCAUAAGAAGUCUGUUCGGGCUUUGGCAAUGCAUCCAAAAGAGAAAUCUUUUGCAUCGGCAUCAGCAGACAACAUAAAGAAGUUUAGCCUUCCCAGAGGCGAAUUUCUGCACAAUAUGCUGUCUCAGCAAAAGACAAUUCUAAACGCCAUGGCUGUUAACGAGGAUGGUGUCCUGGCAACAGCAGGGGACAAUGGAAGCAUGUGGUUCUGGGACUGGAAGAGUGGCCAUAAUUUCCAGCAAGAGCAGACUAUUGUCCAGCCUGGAUCAUUGGAGAGCGAAGCUUGUAUAUAUGCCCUGUCCUACGACAACAGUGGAUCGAGGCUCGUGACCUGCGAGGCGGACAAGACCAUCAAGAUGUGGAAGGAAGAUCUGACGGCGACGCCAGAGACUCACCCUGUCAACUUCAAGCCGCCAAAAGACAUCCGGAGAUAUUGAUGAUGGCCACAAACGUAGAUUACAAGACUGUAAUUGAAUUCAAUUGCCUAGAUUCUACUACCUCUUGGCCCGAGUCAUAACCAACGUCCAUGUCAGCAACCAUGAUACAAAGAUAGUGUUGUAGUAUUUGUUGCUGAGUUGUGAUUCUGUGAAGCAUGCUUUCUACUAGCUUUCAAAUCAAAUUUUGUUGUAUCACAUUGGUGAAUGAGUUUUUUUGUGAUGUAUCCAAAUAAAAAUAAAAGAUCAAAUAGAGAAUUUGUCACGUUGGCUU